AUGAAAAAAAGAAGGAAAAGAAAAAAGGCCUGUGGUCUCAAGACUCCCUUUUCACGGCGCCUGCCUCUGCUUUUUAACUCGAGAAAUGAGUUUCUUCCCUUCUCUGCAGUCUUUCCCAACUGCUCCAACAAUAUUCGCUUCGUUGUAAUACAUACGACCAAGAUGGCUACUCCAAUUCCUCAACCUCCUGGUCUGCCGAUCCUCGGUAACAUAUUCACCUUGGACUCGAACAACCUUUGGCCCUGCCUCAAGACACUGGCCGAGAAGCAUGGCGAGAUCUUCCAGGUCAAGAUCCUGAACAAAACUAUUGUCUUCGUCGCAGGCGCCGCCCUCGCAGAGGAACUGUGUGACGAGAAACGCUUCCGUAAACUAGUCUCCGGCCCCAUCAAAGAGAUCCGGUACUCUGUGAACGACGCGCUAUUCACGGCUUAUCAUUAUGAAGACAGUUGGGGUAUCGCCCAUCGCAUCAUCGCUCCCAAGCUUGCGCCGCAGGCGAUUGCAGAGCGCUUCGAUGAUUUCAUCACCACGACCAAUGAGUUGCUCGAGAAAUGGAAAGGGCUCGGGCCAGGCGCCCAAAUUUCUGCUAUCGGAGAGCUGAACAGACUCAACCUCGAGGCGACAACGCUUUCAUUAUAUGGCAAGAAGCUCAACUGCUUGACCGGGCCGGAACACCCUAUGUUAGGCGGUAUGGAAGAUUCGACCUCGGAGGCGGUGAAGCGGCCCACCAGACUUCCUGGCAUGAAUGCCCUUUUCUAUAAAAAGAAGCUUCCCAAUGCCACGAACGUCAUGAGAACGUAUGCGGCGGAGAUGGUCGAACACCGACGGACCAACCCCUCAGACCGCAAGGAUCUUCUCGCGGCCAUGCUGAGUGCUGAGGACCCUGAGACGGGCAAGUCACUAUCCAACUCCCAAGUCAUUGACGAAAUAGUGUCUAUGCCAAUCGGCAGCAGCACUGCGCCGUGCGUUAUCAGCACCGGAAUCUAUUUCCUUCUCAACAACCCCGAUGCCGUCACCAAGGCACGCGAGGAGCUCGACUCCGUCGUGGGCGAGGGCGAGUUGACCUAUGCGCACCUUGCUCAGCUCAAGUACAUCGAGGGAAUCGUCCGAGAAUCCAUGCGCUUGUCUUUUGCAGCGCCAGGCUUCAACAUCGAACCGAUCCACACAAAAGGUGAAGACACCGGUCCUGUAUUGCUUGCGGGAGGCAAGUACCAGGUUGCUUACAACCAGCCGAUGAUCAUCAUCCUCGCUGGCGCGAACCGGGACCCAACCGUCUUCGAAGACCCGUUGGCAUUCAAGCCUGAACGGAUGGUGGGCGAGAAGUAUGAGCAGCUGCCGCUGGGGGCAAGGAGGUACUACGGUAACGGAAAGAGAGAGUGUAUCGGAAAGCACUACGCCUGGCUAUGGAACAUGGUUGUCAUGGCCAAGCUCAUCAAGGAGGUUGACUUUGACUGGGUCGACCCUUCAUACAAGUUGCAUCAAGAUGGUUGGUUCAACUUGCGGCCGGUCGGAUUCCAGGUGAAGAUCAAGCCGAGACAGAACACCAAGAAUUGGACACUGUAG